UUGAUGCAGCGGACGGUACUUUAACCUGUAGUCUACACAUCAGGAUGAUCAGCUGGUCAGCGCGCUGUGGAUCAAAUCUGUCACUAUGGUGACCGUCAGCGCAUAAAAGUCCAUUAUACCGGCGGCACUAUGUGAAUAUAGUGUAAAUAUUCUCUCAGCAUCUUGAAUAAGCAACUAAAGGAACAACUGUGGAGGAGAGGGAUUUUUUGUUGUUGGGGGGGUUAGCUCUUUCUACCAUUUGGAACCUUUUUUGUUUGUUGGUGAAACGUGUUUUAGGCAUCAGUCCCAGUUGACUGAUAGUUUAAAGAACAAACUAAUUUACAACAAACUCGCCCCUCUUAUAGUCUCAACUGCGACAGUCAAUGAUGUUCAUCCGAAGCUUCGUUUUUGUAACUUUUUCUCAUUAUUUCGUACUUCUGUUGAUGUGUCAUCUCCCUCGGGCGUCCGCUCAGAAGUCCACCGGUCCACGGUGGCUGAUAGGAGACAGGGAGACCCACUGUGGGAUCAUCUGUUCCAGGACACAGGGCAAGCCGGUGUGUGGCUCUGAUGGACGGAGCUACGAUACCGGCUGUGACCUGCAGAGGGCGCGCUGCAAGGACCGUUCUCUGACGCUGGCACACCGCGGACGAUGUCGAGGUAAAAACUCGGUGAGGAUUGACCAGCUUCCAGUAGUUCCUGCUCCAACAUCAGUCUCAGAGGGGAAGAACCUGGAACUGGAAGACGGAGGCCAGUCUAAGUGCAGGGUGGAGAGGAAUCAGGCUCUGGAGCAGGCCAAGAGACCUCAGGAGUCCAUCUUCAUCCCAGAAUGCAACGAGGACGGAACCUUCGCCCAGGUGCAGUGUCACACUCUGACAGGAUACUGCUGGUGUGUCACCACCGACGGCAAACCAGUCAGCGGUUCCUCCGUGCACAACAGGACCCCUGUGUGUUCAGGAAACUUCCGUGAAUUUAUGGGAACUCAUGCUGGGACAAGUGACAAGUUGUCAGGAUCAGUAACUGAUAAACCAUCUGGACCUCCUAGUUCCGGGAGAAAAGUCUCUUUCCGUUUCUUUCUCACUCUCAACCCAGAUGACGGCUCCAAGCCCACGCCCACCAUGGAGACCCAAACACUACCAGAUGGGGAUGAGAUUACGGCUCCGACCUUGUGGAUCAAACAGCUGGUUUAUAAGGAGAGUAAACAGAACAGUUCCAGCACCAGGCGACCCGAGAAAGUUCCCUCUUGUGACCAGGAGAGGCAGAGUGCCCUGGACGAGGCCCGUCAGAACCCUCGUGAGGCCAUCUACAUUCCAGACUGUGGACCAGGGGGCCUCCACAAGCCUGUACAGUGCCACCAGUCCACUGGGUACUGUUGGUGUGUUCUGGUAGACACAGGGAGACCAAUACCAGGCACCUCUACCAGGUACCAGACCCCAGAGUGUGACAGCACGGCUCGUUCGAUGGUCUCCGACGUUGAAGAUCCUUUCCAGGGCCGAGACCUGACAGGCUGCCCGGAGGGUAAAAAAAUGGAAUUCAUUACCAGCCUUUUAGACGCCCUCACCACAGACAUGGUCCAGGCCAUUAACUCACCAACCCCCUCUGGUGGUGGGAGGUUGAUGGAGCCGGACCCCAGCCACACUCUAGAGGAGAGGGUCGUCCACUGGUACUUUACCCAGCUGGACAACAACAGCAGCCAUGACAUCAACAAGAAGGAGCUGAAGCCCUUCAAGAGAUAUGUCAAGAAGAAAGCCAAACCCAAGAAAUGUGCCAGGAAGUUCACUGACUACUGUGACCUGAACAAGGACAAAGCCAUCUCACUUCUGGAGCUGAAGGGUUGUCUUGGGGUCAGCAAGGAGGGUAGUUCUGUGAGCAGCAUCAACCAAGGGACAAGGCAAGGGAUUAAUUUGUUCAUAGGUCGUCUGGUGUGAGGAAGGAAGGCUCCAGAAGCUGAGAGGAGAGCAGAGGGAAGGGUUAGAACAGAGUUAGAACAGAGGGAAGGGUUAGAACAGAGUUAGAACAGAGGGAAGGGUUAGAACAGAGUUAGAACAGAGGGAAGGGUUAGAACAGAGUUAGAACAGAGGGAAGGGUUAGAACAGAGUUAGAACAGAGGGAAGGGUUAGAACAGAGGGAAGGCAUCUGUAUGCUUUCUGACUGACAGUAAAGAGAAAGAUGGAGCAGACAGAUGGAGCAGAAAGAUGGAGCAGACAGAUGGAGCAGAAAGAUGGAGCAGAAAGAUGGAGCAGACAGAUGGAGCAGAAAGAUGGAGCAGACAGGUGGAGCAGACAGAUGGAGCAGAAAGAUGGGGCAGACAGAUGGAGCAGAAAGAUGGAGCAGAAAGAUGGAGCAGACAGAUGGAGCAGACAGAUGGAGCAGAAAGAUGGAGCAGACAGAUGGAGCAGACAGAUGGAGCAGAAAGAUGGAGCAGACAGAUGGAGCAGACAGAUGGAGCAGACAGAUGGAGCAGACAGAUGGAGCAGACAGAUGGAGCAGACAGAUGGAGCAGACAGAUGGAGCAGUUCCUGUACAAAAAGAAGAAUGGAAAAAAAACAAGAGAAAACAAAACAAGAAGUGGCGCCAAAAUAUUUGCACUUUCUCAUCCCUAUGUUUGACUUUCUAUCUGUUUUGAUAUUUGUUUGAUAUUUUCUAGUGUGACUUAAAAUAUCUCGAUAAGAAUAAUAACUCUUCUUCUCAUUGUUAACCUUAAUGUUUAAACGCAGCGAGACAGUUAUCCCCUGUAAGGUUCUUCACUGGGACAUUACCCAUGUUGCUGUGGCGUUCUGGGUCUUCACUGGGACAUUAUCCACGUUUCUGGGUCUUCACUGGGACAUUAUCCAUGUUUCUGGGUCUUCGCUGGGACAUUAUCCACGUUUCUGGGUCUUCACUGGGACAUUAUCCAUGUUUCUGGGUCUUCACUGGGACAUUAUCCAUGUUUCUGGGUCUUCGCUGGGACAUUAUCCUCAUUUCUGGGUCUUCACUGGGACAUUAUCCAUGUUUCUGGGUCUUCGCUGGGACAUUAUCCUCAUUUCUGGGUCUUCACUGGGACAUUAUCCAUGUUUCUGGGUCUUCACUGGGACAUUAUCCAUGUUUCUAGGUCUUUGCUGAGACAUUAUCCAUGCUUCUGGGUCUUCACUGGGACAUUAUCCAUAUUUCUGGGUCUUCACUGGGACAUUAUCCAUGCUUCUGGGUCUUCAAUGGGACAUUAUCCAUGCUUCUGGGUCUUCACUGGGACAUUAUCCAUAUUUCUGGGUCUUCACUGGGACAUUAUCCAUGCUUCUGGGUCUUCACUGGGACAUUAUCCAUGUUUCUGGUUCUUCACUGGGACAUUAUCCAUGUUUCUGGUUCUUCACUGGGACAUUAUCCAUGCUUCUGGGUCUUCACUGGGACAUUAUCCAUGCUUCUGGUUCUUCCCUGGGACAUUAUCCAUGUUUCUGGUUCUUCACUGGGACAUUAUCCAUGCUUCUGGGUCUUCACUGGGACAUUAUCCAUGCUUCUGGGUCUUCACUGGGACAUUAUCCAUGCUGCUUUGGCAUUCUUGCAACACAACAUCCUGUCAUUUCAUAUAAUAGCACACGAAGGUAGAAGCACAGUUAAAUGUGUCUUCGAACACAGCAAACUAUUUCCUGUUUAUCCGUCAGUCCCAAUGUUACUCUGUCAGCUGUGAGGCUGUGUUCUCUCUGUUCUGUCUCCUUAAUGACACAGGAGCUGAUGACACAAAUAAGGUUUUUUUAAACGAGCUGCAAAUCAACAGCCUCAGUUUGCUCUACAAUAAACUGCUAAUCUGUAGCUGUAACCAGCAGAAAACAAUGACAACCAGUUAGAUCACCAGUUAGAUCACCUGUUAGAUCACCAGUUAGAUCACCUGUUAGAUCACCAGUUAGAUCACCAGUUAGAUCACCAGUUAGAUCACCAGUUAGAUCACCUGUUAGAUCACCAGUUAGAUCACCUGUUAGAUCACCAGUUAGAUCACCUGUUAGAUCACCAGUUAGAUCACCUGUUAGAUCACCUGUUAGAUCACCAGUUAGAUCACCAGUUAGAUCACCUGUUAGAUCACCAGUUAGAUCACCUGUUAGAUCACCAGUUAGAUCACCUGUUAGAUCACCUGUUAGAUCACCUGUUAGAUCACCUGUUAGAUCACCUGUUAGAUCACCAGUUAGAUCACCUGUUAGAUCACCAGUUAGAUCACCUGUUAGAUCACCAGUUAGAUCACCUGUUAGAUCACCAGUUAGAUCACCAGUUAGAUCACCAGUUAGAUCACCUGUUAGAUCACCAGUUAGAUCACCUGUUAGAUCACCAGUUAGAUCACCAGUUAGAUCACCAGUUAGAUCACCAGUUAGAUCACCAGUUAGAUCACCAGUUAGAUCACCUGUUAGAUCACCAGUUAGAUCACCAGUUAGAUCACCAGUUAGAUCACCUGUUAGAUCACCAGUUAGAUCACCUGACGAUCAUGUAUUUUUUUUGGUGUGUGUGUUCAUGAACCCCAGGAAGACUAGCUGUUGUCAUAGGGGUCCUGGGAUCCGAAAAGAAAGAUGAAAGAUCAGAGUUCAGCUGCAGAAGUAAAGAGACUCGAUCCCCCAUAAUUCACCCCUUCAGAAGUCCAGUAGCUGUGUGAAGUGUUAUUUGCGUUGGUCCCUGACUAGAGAGGCUAUAUGUACAGGGAAGUAGUGCACAAAUACAAGCGAAUGUGUUCAGUAUGUUUUGUUUUGUAAAAUGUAUAUGAACUGCAAUAUUCAUUAUGUGAAAAUGGUAUGGGGUGGAAAGGAAACUGUGAGACUGACUGAGUUAAGUUUAAAGUAUUUCUUUAAGAGUCAUAAUAAUGAGAGGUUUAGACAUUAAACCCCUGGCACUGUAUUUUAAAUCAACCAUAAGAUAAUUUAGGCAGAACAGACACUGAACAGGCAAACAGAGACAGAGAGAGAUAGGGGGGUGUAUUCACUAGGAACCAAACAGAAGUAAACAGGACGAAACGGGGAGGGACCCUAACUGAAUUUGUCCAAUAGAAACUCUUGUUUCUUUUUUUGCUACGGUGUGCGCUAAUGAAUACACCUCGGCUGAAAUUCCCAUGUCAGAAACACAUUUGUCUAUGGUCUGUUAUGCUAACCCAUUAGGUUAAAUAAUAUGUUACCGUAACCACAGGUCUGAUACCACUUCAACAGUGGCGGAACGACUGAAAAUGUCACCACAGUCAUCAUUUUAAAAAAAAAUCAAAAAAUAAAUAAAAGACUGACGGAAAAAAAGAAUGAUAUCCACAAUUGUUAUCUUUCUAAAUUCAGAAAGUUGAGGUUUGUUUAUUUGUGAUUGUUUAUGUGUGUAUUUGUUUGCCUAUAUGGACUCAUCCCUGGAAACCAUACACUGUCCCCGUGGAACUAAAGUAAGAGAGAAGGCUCUCAAUGUAAAUAUGUAUCAUAUUCUGUUGUUGGUUUCCUUGUUUCAUUGUGGAGCUUUUGGACUUAAACUUUCUAAAAAGCAAUACCAUCUUUUAUUUUAUUCACAUCACGACAAAUAGCGGUACUAAAUGUACUCAUGACACAUUAAUAUAGGACCCAAACUGUAAGACCAUCCCUAAUUUUUUUGGAGUGUAGACCUCUCCCACAGCAUUUGACUUCCUGUAUGUAACAGGUGUCAAUGUGGUUGCUUUGGACACGGGAAGAAGAAUAUCUCUAAGGGGAACAAGAGCACAUUACUGACCCCUUCUGGUGAAAAUAUAUCACUGCUUUUAGAAAGGGGCCGUCUCAAACGCAAGCAUCUAGUUCACUAUAUCUUUUAGACAGGUGUGUUACAACACGAGGACUUUACUAAGCAAUAGCUUUUUCUUUUGACCAAGCCAGUUGACUUCCAUAAUUUGAAAUAAACAUUUUUAAAGAA